AUGGAGAACUUCUCACUCCUCAGCAUUUCUGGACCUCGAAUCUCUUCCUCUGCCCUGAGCACUUUUCCUGAUAUUAUGUCCUCACAUGCCACCAGCUUGCCAGGCAUUGCUAAGACUGCAUUACCCACCGAGCCGUCCAGUCCCGCACAGGCCCUGCCACCUCAGCACCAAAGCAGCGCUCUCCGGCACGGGGUGGUGAACACAGUGCUCUUGCCAGACUGCAUCUUGGGGGACUCCCAGAAUGGGGAGCAGCUGAGGCGGAACUGUACCAUCUACCGGCCCUGGUUCUCCCCUUACAGCUACUUCGUAUGCAGGGACAAAGAGAACCACCUGGAGGCCCAUAGCUUCCCAGAGGUGCAGCGGGACGAGGGCAGCGGGGACACCUGCCUUCCCGAGGACAUGGCUGAGAGCAUCUGCUCGUCCUCUUCCUCCCCAGAGAACACCUGCCUCCAAGAGGCCGCCAAGAAAUCCAGGCACGGCCUGGACUCCGUGGACUACAUCACGUCCCGAGACAUUCUAAUGGCCUCCAAGUGGCACUCAGGCCAGCAGAAUGGCUACAAGUGCGCGUCCUGCUGCCGCAUGUACCCCACCCUGCACUCCCUCAAGAGCCACAUCAAAGGGGGCUUCAAGGAGGGCUUCAGCUGCAAGGUGUACUACCGUAAGCUCAAAACCCUCUGGUGCAAGGAGAAGGCCCGGCCGGGAGACAGGCUCUCCUUGGGCAGCUGCCAGGCCUUCAAGUAG